AUGGGUUCAUGUCAGAGUCAAGAAGCUCAGGAGCAGCUCGCUCGGAAUAAAGCUAUCGAAAAGCAACUCAAUCAGGAUAAGCGUACUGGCUCUUCGAUCGUCAAACUGUUAUUACUCGGUGCUGGUGAAUGUGGCAAAUCAACCAUACUGAAGCAAAUGCAAAUCCUUCAUAGUAACGGUUUUACGGAAGAUGAAAUUAAUGAACGCAAAGCAGUGGUUUACAAUAAUACGGUAACAUCGAUGUAUGCUAUAUUAAAAGCAAUGGAUAACGUUGUUCAUCUUCCGCUCAAGGAUCCUUCUAAAGAGCUUACAAAAGAGAUAAUUUUUCGAGUUGUGGAAGCUGGCGAAGAAUCUGAACCAUUCACUGAUGAACUUGCUAAAGCCCUCGUAUCGCUAUGGAAUGAUGAAAACGUUCAAAAAGCUGCUGAUAUGCGAAGCGAAUAUCAGCUCAACGACUCUGCAAAAUAUUUCCUGAAUUCAGUGAUGAGAAUACAUGAACCCGGUUAUCGGCCUACCGAACAAGAUAUCCUAUUUAGUCGAGUAGCAACAACUGGUGUGGUAGAAGUUAAAUUCAAAAUAAAGGAACUUGAUUUCAGCACUGAAACAAAGAAUUUAAAAAAGAAAGAAGUUUUAAUUUUGUUUCUGAAUAGAGUAUUUGAUGUUGGUGGACAGAGAUCAGAACGUCGUAAAUGGAUCCAUUGCUUUGAUAAUGUAGAAUCGAUUAUUUUUAUCACUGCUGUUAGCGAAUAUGAUCAAGUGCUUUUUGAAGAUGAAACUACAAAUCGUAUGAUCGAAUCGAUGCAGUUAUUUUCAUCAAUUUGUAACAGCACAUGGUUCCUUUCGACAGCAAUAAUUUUAUUUUUAAAUAAAAAAGAUUUAUUUGCUGAAAAAAUUCAACGUGUUAAUAUUACCACUGCUUUCCCCGAUUAUGAAGGUGGUCAGAAUUACGAGGAAGCAAUGAGUUUUAUAAAAAUGAAAUUCAGUGAGCUGAACUUGAACCCGGAUAAAAAGACAAUUUAUAUGCACGAGACCUGUGCAACAGAUACCAAUCAAGUACAAUUGGUUAUAACGAGUGUCAUCGAUACAAUUAUACAGAAAAAUCUGCAGAGAGCUGGGAUGAUGUGA